CCGUGGAUGCCCGCCCGGGGAGCCGGGGCAGCGCGCCCCUGAGCCAUGGAGGAGCUGACGGCGUUCGUCUCCAAGUCGUUUGAUCCCAAAGCCAAGGAGAAGAAGGAGCUCAUCACCUACCGCGAGGUGCUGGAGAGCGGGCCCCUGCGCGGCGGCGGCGGCCCGCGGGAGCCCGGCGGGGCGGCGGCGGAGCCGGGCCGGGAGGACGCGGGCAGCCCCGCGGCGCGGCCGGCCGGGCGCUCCCCGCCCCGAGAGCCCGACGCCGCCGCCGAGAGAGCGGCCGAGGCGGCCACCCCCAAGCUCAGCGACGUGUCCCCAGAGCUGAAGGAGCGCAAGGAGGAUGCGAAAGCGAUGGAAGACGAAGGGCAGACGAAAAUCAAGCAGAGGAGGAGCCGGACGAAUUUCACCCUGGAGCAGCUGAACGAGCUGGAAAGGCUUUUCGACGAGACCCACUACCCGGACGCGUUCAUGCGGGAGGAGCUGAGCCAGCGGCUGGGGCUCUCCGAGGCCAGGGUGCAGGUCUGGUUCCAGAACCGCCGGGCCAAGUGCCGAAAGCAGGAGAACCAGCUGCACAAAGGGGUGCUGAUCGGAGCCGCCACCCAGUUCGAGGCCUGCCGGGUGGCUCCCUACGUGAACGUGGGCGCCUUGAGGAUGCCCUUCCAGCAGGUGCAGGCGCAGCUGCAGCUGGACAGCGCCGUGGCCCACGCUCACCAUCACCUGCACCCGCACCUGGCCCACGCCCCGUACAUGAUGUUCCCCGCUCCGCCCUUCGGGCUCCCGCUGGCCACGCUGGCCGAGUCCGCCUCCGCCGCCUCCGUGGUGGCCGCGGCCGCCGCCGCCAAGACCACCAGCAAGAAUUCCAGCAUCGCCGACCUCCGCCUGAAGGCCAAGAAACACGCCGCCGCCCUGGGGCUGUGACCGCGAUGCUGCUUUUUCUUUUUCCUUUUUUUUUUUUUUUUUCUUCUUUUUUUCUUUCUUUAUUUUUUUUUUUUUUUUUAUACCCCCCACAAUCCAAAAAAAAAAAAAAAAUGUUAAAAAAAAAAGCGAAGAAACGAGGGGAGAGGAGAAAAACGGACGGGAGAUAUAUACUUAUUUAAGGAAUUAGAGGACGCGCAGCUGGGAAGUUCACAGGUUUUGAAACUGACCUUUUUCUGCGAAGUUCACUUUAAUACGAGAAAUUUGAUAAGAGAGGCGGGCCUCCUUUCGCGUUGCAUCGGGUACUUGAGUUUAACAACCGCGUCUGGAAUAGCGAAAAAAAAAAAAAAAAAAAAAAAAAAAGAAAAAGAAAAAAAAAAGAGAGAGAAAGACGACGACAAACAGAAAGAAAAAAAAAAAAAAAAAAAAAAAGACAAUGAUUUCUCUGCGAAUUUCUAAUGGGAAACUGUCCGGGAUACUUCCUCCAGCAGCAUUCCGGGUUGCAUGUAUUUGUAUUUCAUUGAUGGAGUCCUUUGAUUCACUUGCACUUCACCCUCAUCUUUAGUAGGAAAAAAAAAAAAAACAAAACCAAACCGAGACAACCACCAAACAAACGUGGCUGGGUUCUUCCUCCUUUAACCUUGGAGGGGAGCAGGCGGGGAGAGGCAGAUCAAGCGCUACCUUUGCCACUCCUAAAUCUCUGCCGGUCGUUUGCUGCCCCACGUCUGAAAUAAAAGGGAGCGGGAAGCGCCGGGAGAGCGGAGUUUGCCUCCCCUUGGCCGGGUUCCUCCUGUCCUGAGGGCAAAAGGAAAGGAAAGACAAAAAAAAGAGUAUUUAAUUCCCAACCACCACUUGACACCACGGCAAAUUCCAAUAAGAGGUACUGGGUACAUGUAAAAUAUGUUGAUACACACCAACAAAGUUUAUUUUGGCUAUAACUUGUGAAUUGAUAGUUGACUGUCAAACAUUUACAUUUUAUCUCAUAAAGGUGUAUCUAUUCACGUAAUCUUGUGAUUUUUUGGGGAGUUAUUAUUAUUGUUAUUAUUAUUAUUAUUUGAGAGACGUAUAGCUAUUUAACCUGGGGUACCCUGCGGUCAGUGAUUGUUAUCCCAGAUUUCGCCAUCUCACCCUCGUGCUUAUUGCCAAGACAGAGGGAAAGCUCUUCUACGCGAACUUUGGUAUGGACGGGCUUUGUAUCUAUUUGUUCUCCAUGAAAACGAAAUUAUUUAUAUUGACCAUA